UGUUAUUUCCCCUGUGUUCCUGAUGACGCGUUUUCCUCACACAACAUCACAUGUAACUAUGUAUGGAUUACAGAUUUCUGCAGCAAUUGUUGGUUUAUUUGUCUGUAUUGGAAAAGCUUCGGGGGUAGCUUGCUACAACUGCAGCAGUGAACACGAUCCUCUGUGUGGCGAUCCUUUCUGGGGCGGAUCCCAUUACCUGAUCAACUGUCCCUCCUCCUGCCUCAAAGUGAAGCGAUCUAGCACGUAUGGACGAAAGUUUCACAGAUCUUGCUUCAAAGCUGAGAUUGCAGGUCCCAUGCUCGGUGGUGAAAGGGAUACACAUUGUGUCACUCAGUAUGUUCCAUUUCAAGGGGAGGUCACCCAGUGUUACUGUACUGCACAGGGAUGCAACUCCGGACUUAGUAGUCACUGUAACCUUAUUACAUUGACUGUAGUUUGCUUGAUUUGUGCUUUAACAUUUGAAUCAUACAUUUUAUGAAAUAAAGAGUUACUUAUAAAGUU